AUGUCAAAAUCAGAAUUUGUUGAUCUGAUUUGUUCAAUCUGGAACGAGGGAAUUUCUUCACUUAACAUCAUCUCAGGUUUCAAAACCUGUGGAAUCUUCCCCGUCAAUCAAGACAAGUAUCCUGUUGACAGAUUGAAUCCAGUAAAACUUCAGAAAUAUUUAGAUUUUAAGGAAAACUCUGUAUCCCAAAUAGACCUACUCCAAUCAAAUCCAGUUUCCGAUUCCAUAACGGCUGGAGGAUCUUCUGAAGUAUCAUCAUCGUCAUCACAACACCGAACACCUUUAGCUAAUGUAGACUUAAAUCAACCCAGCACUUCUCAUCAGAGUUUUGAAACUCUUUUACUUCAGAAGAUUGGAACUACAGCAGCCCCAAAACUACAAAGAAUGCAGAUAAAGCCUGAUGCCGCUGUGGUAACAUCUGAAGAGUAUAUUGAGAACAUCAAAGCACGAGAGGAAUCAAAAAAGAAACCAACUGGCAAGAGGAAGAAAUCUGGGAAGGCAAACAAGUCAUCUGAGCGCACAAGGAAGUCGAAGAAGAAGAAGCCUAAUGAAAACAGAGCCAGCCGAGGAAGAAAGUAUUGA